GUUGAGAACAUCAAUAAGUGGUGAGAGUAGAAGAGAGCCUGCUGAUCAUGAAUCAGCUUCGUUGCUGCAGUAUUUACGUGACACUAAAGUACCUCUUAUUUGUUCAGGCAUCACUUGUUAGCGCCUGUCAACAGGAUAAAUAUUUUAGGAGUAGAAAUGGAAUUACUUGCUGUAAACUCUGUAAUCCAGGUGAACAUGUGGAAAUGGAAUGCAGAGACGGGCAAGCAACGGUCUGUAAACCUUGCACUACUGGCUUCUACUCCGAUGUAGCAGAUAACUCCAAAACGUGCACAAGUUGCACCAAAUGUGAGCAAGUUGUGGCUAAAAACUGUACCUCCACAAAUGAUACUCAAUGCACGUGCGAGGAUGGCCACCUGUGCGCCAAUAGAGAGUGCACCAAGUGUGUCAAGAGCACAGUGUGUCCCAAAGGCAAGGAGCUGCUGAAGUUAGGGGAUUUUGAUUAUAUAUACGAAUGCAAGAAUUGCUCCACAAACACAUAUUCAGACACUGAAGGUGGAAGGUGUCAGAAUCUAACAGUGUGUGAGAAGCUUGGUAAGAAGGAAACAUCCCCAGGCAACAGCACCCAUAAUACAAUAUGUGGGCCAAUUGCACCACUCCCCCUUGGCAAUCCUGAGAGUUUAGCACCUUACCUCAGUGUCAUCAUUGUUGCAUCCCCUCUCCUCCUCAUCUUCCUGAUCAGCUGCUUAUGGAAGAGAAAUAUAGAGUAUAUUACUCCCAUGACCAUGAACCAAAUGGAGAACAUGCUGAGCUGCCCACUAUCAAAGGAGGAAAAGGGAGACCUUCCAAUCCAGGCAAUGGACAACAAAGCCAGCAAACAGAGCCUCAGUGUCAUUGUGUGAUUUCUCAACUGCUUUCUUGGAAAUUGUCUUGGAUAAUAAGGUCAGAGAUUGUCAUUAUAAGACACGGUAUGGUGAUUUGUUACCGGAACAUGUGACGCAAAAGCAGUGAGAAGACCUCUGUGGUUUGUUGGGUUUAUCUGACAUUUCCCCCAUUAAAGUUUUUAAGAAACUCCAGUCAUGGGCGCAUAUGCUGAUCUGGGGGGUGGCAAGGGGUGGGCGUGGCCACCCCAGAAUGAAACCUGACCACCCCAUUCCCCCCCCCCCUCGCCCCGUCGUAUUUGCUAAUUCUGAGCUCAUGUGUGCAGUAGACAUUUCCUGUUUUCCAAACCCAUACCCUUUAUAAGGUCACAAACAACAGUACCCUGAUCUUUUCUAAGGGGAUUUUUUAAAGGUUUUAUUUGUGUUAUUUUCUCUUGUUUUCCACUAUUAGGAGACAAUAAUGUUUCUAAUUCAUAUUAUGAAUUAUUACUGUUCCAUCAUUAUUUAUGGCAGUUAUUAUAUAGCGGGCGUUUCUAAGUAAGAGAUGUACAGAUUUGUGUAAAUUGACAUUCUGAGAAAAUCUAUAAUACGGUGUCUGUACAAAACCAGCAUAUCCUGUCAGUGCAUACGCUGA